CCUAUAAGCGAAGCUUAGAAAAACAAUUCAAAUUGAGUUGUAAAAAUGCUUCGCGUGUUCGAGGACGGAAGGAGGAAUCCAAAUGGUUCCUCCUCGUCUGCUGACUAUGCUCAGGUUUGCAAGGCUCUCCUCGACUUACAACACGCUGCUGACAAAGUUUUGGAUACAGUUGCAGACAGGGUUGGUGCGGAGCAACAACGCCUCAAGGGUCUCUCCAGUAGGAUUCGAACUGCUAAGGCCAAAAUAGAUGCCAUUUCAGGCACAAAGCGUGCAAUAACAAUAAAAUCAAGUUCAAGAUAUCCAUCAACGUCUUCAGAUGUAGAAGAUUUUCGUCCACUUUUUGGGGGUAAGUUUGGAGGAGUUCGUACUGAGUUUCCUGUGGCAACAUUGUCAUUGAAUGGCGGGCUCAGUCGGGAAUCUGGAGAAGAUGGGACUCUGGAACUUUUCCGUUUUUUCUCAGAAACAAGUCAUGAAUAUCUCAGUAGCGAUAAAAAUAGAAAUGGUUUUUCUAUUAAAGAGAUAAAGGUUGGGCUUGGAAAUAGACCAUCUGAUACAAAUUCAGUGGCAGACAUCCUUCUUUUCAACUCGACAGAAUUGCCUUAUCACAGAUACAAGAAAGUUGAUAAUCUCAUUGUAGGAGAGCCCUCCGUUGAAGAAUCAUUGGAGUUAAAGCAGGCCCCCUUGCCUCCACCCCCUCAAAGUGUUCUUCAAGGCAGCAAAUUGUUAUCCACAAGAUCAGAGGACUUUGGUUUUAGACCUACACUUCGACAAGUUCCAUCUUUCAGCUUACCCAGCUCUCUUCCAGACUUGCCUAUGGUGGCAGAUAUUAACUGGACUGGUUCCAAGGACAAAGUUAGUCGACAAUCCUCAGUGGUUCCAAAUGAUGUCAUUCCAUUGAAGAGCGACUCAGGUAAUAAGUCGGUACAUGUAUCGGAGCUAAACACAGAUUUCAAGGAAAUUACACCACCUCCACCUCCACCUUCACUUUCACCUCCACCUCCAUCUCCACCUCCACCUCCACCUCCACUUUCACCUCCACCUCCACCUCCACCUCCACCUCCACCUCCACCUCUGCACACAGUUCCAGCUCCACCUACUCCUCCUUUUACAUCAUCAUCGAGUUCUCCAAUUUCCAUUGGAAAAGAGAAAUAUAUAUUGGAGCCAAAGGUUCCAUCAACAGAAGCAGGUCACACAUCUAGUAGCUCAUUUCUUUCUCAAAUUGACUCUCGAAGAGAAGCACUAAUGGCUUCUAUCCGCAAUCCUGGCAUAGCACUUAAAAAAACAGGGCAUCCAGAUUUUCACUCCAAGACUGAAGAUUCAGUUACAGAUUCAAUAGGGACAGGUGAUAGUUCGAAACAGUCCGAGAACAUGGCUAUUCCUCCAAAGCUAAAGUCAGUCAAUCUUCUAGCCGAGAUGGCAGCUUCACUAAAAAUGAGAAGGCUAUCAAUGCAGGGUGCUGCACAUGAUAAAGAUGAGCUAACAGCAGCAGAUGUGACAAGCCCGUCAGCAAGCGGUUCCAAAUUUGCACUUCCGAUUUCCAAUUUGAAAGCAUACAUUUCACAAAUUAAUGAGGAAGUUGGUGAAGAGGAAGAUUGGGAAGACUAAAUAGUUGAAAUUUAACUUUUUAAAAUUCAAGAUUGUCAAAUGCAUUUUAUUAAAAUUGUAAAUCAUAUGAAUCUUAUUAAAAUUGUUAAUGAUUUUUGUACAAAUUUUGCGAGGUGAUAUUUAUCUUAAGUUUAAAUUUGUGUUCA